UUUUUCACAUGACUAAGGGAUUUAAACGGUGUUAAGGUGUCUGUGAAAGGGGCUGAUGUGUGACUUGACGGUCAAAAAUCUGAAAUGCUCAUUUUACCACAAACUGAAAAUGCCCCGCACAAAUUUAUUUACUAGUUUUGCACCAUAAUAGUGAAAUCACAUUGUGACAUUCUAACUUUAUUCACUUGCAACAAGUUGAGGAACAGCUGUGGUAACAGAAGAGUAUAGGAAUGUAAUAAUGAAUAGAUUGAUAAACUCUGUGAACUUAAGGAGAAUAAUUUGCAUAUCAAUUGGGCAGCUCCUCCUCUCACUUAUAUGACAGUAAGGAAUGUUUCAAAUGUCGUUAAACCUGUGGAGGUUUAAUGUCUGUUGUAGCAUGGCAGGUUGAUUUCAAGUCAAGAUGUUCAAUUGUAUUUUGCCUUGCAUGAUAAGUCAUUAGUUUGUGGAGGCGUAACUCCUGCUUUGAUAAGUGAGUGUAUGUUGUUCUCUUUUUUAAAGGAUCCAUUGCCAGUGACUUUUCUUAAAGACAUCUAGAAUUGGCAAGAAGCCUCUCUGAAUCAUGGAGAAAUUGCGGAAUUAUUUGAAGAACUUCCUAGGAAAUAAGGAGAUGAACAUACUGAUGGUUGGCCUUGAAUCAGCAGGGAAAACAACAAUCCUCGACAAGCUCAAACUCGGGAAAAUUGUCACUUCAACGCCGGCCAGUGGCUUUAAUGUGGAGACAGUGGAGGAUGAGAACAUCAGUUUCACUGCGUGGGAUGUGGGUGGCCAGGAUAGCAAGCGUCCCUACUGGAGACAGCUCUUUUCCAACAAACAGAGUAUAAUCUUUGUGGUGGAUAGCAAUGACAGAGAGCUUGUCAAUGAAGCGCAACAGGAGCUUAACAGACUGCUGAAUGAGGAUGAGCUGAAAGAUGCUGUGCUCCUUGUGUUAGCCAAUAAACAGGACAUGCCGAAUGCCAUGCGUGGCCCCGAGGUCACAGAGAUGUUGGCUUUACACAAUGUGCGCCACUGUAUCUGGCACAUCCAACCCACCUGUGCUCUGAGUGGCGACGGCCUCUACGAGGGCCUUGAAUGGCUGGCUAAUAAAGUCAAGAACAAGUAGUAGGAAGACAGCAACUUUCCGACAGCCACACCCGUCUUACCUUGGCUCACAUUUUCAUUUUGUCCGUCAGUGUAUGAGCUCAAUUUGUAUUGGUUCUGGUAGGUGAACACAUUCUCAUGAAUUUGGAAAGCAGAGGUUAGUAGGGUAGCCAAAAGUUUUACUCAAGUAAGAGUAGGGAUACUUUUUUUCAAAAUAAUAUUGUAUUUUCCACACAUGAGGCAAACUUAAAACACUUCAAUUUUCUCAAAAGCCGUCAGUGCGCUUUAUAAUCUGAUGCGCCUUAUAUAUGGAUCAAUAUUGGUUAGUUAUGGCAUGACAUGCAUAACGCAACCCCAACCGCAACUACUACUGCUGCGGCUUAUAUGUAUGCAUUAUUUAGGCACGAGAAAACUAUAGCAGGCUUCUGUCUGGUAAUAAUAAUAAUAAUAAUAAUAAUAAUAAUAAUACAUUUUAUUUGUACAGCGCUUUUUUCCAAUGCUCAAAGACGCUUUACAGUAGGAACAAAAAAACAGCAGACAACGUGAACAGAACAAAACAAUAAAGAACAUAAUAACAGUAUAUGUUAAAAGCUAGUUUAAAAAGGUGAGUUUUUAACAGUUUUUUGAAUGUGGGAAGGUCUUUACAGGAACGGAUGGGUUUAGGAGGUGAGUUCCAAAGGGAGGGGGGCAGCAAUGGAGUAGGCUUUGUCCCCCCCAAGUUCGAUGUGUUCUUUGUUAGGGCGGUGCGAGGAUGUUGCCAUUAGAAGAGCGGAGGUGACGGGAGGGGGUGUGGAGACAGAAGGUCUGU